GCUUCCUGUAGAGACGCAACUCGUUCCGAAACGUACAGACUAUCGACAUCCCAUGGUUCCGUUGUGGAAAUGGCCUCGUAGUCACCUAGGUGUAAAUGACAAAUGAGUUGCUAUUUUCUGGAGUCGGCCGAGAGAAGAUAGCCCUGUUUGAGCCUCUACUCGGGACUACUGGGAAAUCUGUUGCCGUAGGUUGAGUGACUAGGCAGAAAAACAAUGCCACAUUUCCUGUGGCCAGAGCCGCUGUCACCCGCUCAGCUCAAGCGGCUGGAGGAGCACAAAUACACCGCGUCUGGUCGGUCCAUGUUUGAGCCACCGUGUCAGAUCUACUGGAACUGGCUCAUCGAGCAAAUUCCGACAUGGAUCGCACCAAACACUCUGACUAUUGUUGGACUGAUCAUCAAUAUCCUCACCACGGUGGUGCUUGUGUAUUAUUGUCCCACUGCAACAGAGGAGGCUCCAUCAUGGGCCUUCAUCAUGAGUGGUCUGGGCCUGUUCAUCUACCAGUCUCUGGACGCUAUUGAUGGGAAGCAGGCAAGGAGGACGAACAGCAGCUCACCUCUGGGGGAGCUCUUUGACCACGGCUGCGAUGCUGUCUCCACAGUCUUUGUUGCUGUGGGAACAUGCAUUUCAUGUGGAAUAGGAAUAUACUCAAACUGGAUGUUCUUCUGUGGGUUCAUUGGGAUGUUUAUGUUCUUCUGCGCCCAAUGGCAGACCUACGUGUCCGGGACCCUCCGCUUUGGCCUGAUUGACGUGACAGAGGUGCAGGUCGCCAUCACGAUCAUGUAUUUUAUGUCAGCUUUCGGUGGCGUGAGCCUUUGGCAAACCACGUUGCCCAUCAUUGGACUGAAGAUGUACGUCUUCCCCAUCAUGGGCAUCAUCGGAGGAGCCCUCUACUCCUGCUACAAUUACUUCUAUGUCAUUUUGAAUGGAGGUGUUGGCAAAAAUGGCUCUACUGUGGCUGACACCAGUGUGCUGGGUCCUGGUUUGCACAUCGGCCUCAUCCUCACCCUGGCCUUCAUCAUUUUCAAGAAGUCGUCCAGCCACCUGUUUGAGCACCACCCCUGUCUGUACCUGCUUGCCUUUGGCAUGGUCAUCUCCAAGAUCUCCAACAAGCUGGUGGUAGCACACAUGACUAAGAGUGAGCUGCACCUCGCGGACACAGCCUUUGUAGGCCCAGGCCUCCUCUUCCUCAACCAGUACUUCAACAGCUUCAUCGAUGAGUACAUAGUCCUCUGGAUCGCCAUGGUCUUCUCUCUCCUGGAUCUAACACGCUACUGUACCGGCGUGUGCCUCCAGAUCGCUUCCCACCUGCGCAUCCGAGUCUUCAGCAUCACGCCGCCGAGCCAGACCCACCGCGACUGACGGCUUGCCCGGCGGGAGGAGGCGGGGGGAGACUCGGACCUCUCCCCGCUCCUGAAAGCAGACGACCACGAGGAGACACCCUCAACCCAGAGCCACUGCAGCCUUGACAAAGUGACCAUUUCUGAUUAAAACUGCCUCUCUCACCCAGAUGGAAAAAUAAAACCAACUCGACACUACAAACCAAAAAGAGGGGAAAAAAAGGUUUUGAAAAGCAUGGAUCUGCUGAAUGGAAAAUUACAUGAAACCAGAGUUUCCCUUGAAUUCCUCAUUGGCAGCCAAUAACAUUUUAAUUUAAACAUCAGUGCAUGUUGUCAGAAAAUUAAGUUGAGAUUUUUAUAGAAGAAGGGCACUCAUAACAUUUCCUGCUUAUUCAACUCCAAUACCAAAAUGUUUACUUUAACAGGUACAUUAUAGUUUGGGCACAUAUCAAAGCAUUUGUAUCUGCUUUAAAAUUAGAGAUGUGUGUGGGAUUGCUGUAUAUUUAAAACAGUCUUAACUGCUCAGUAAGUUAAAUCUCUUUGAUAUGUACCCAAACUAAAUGGUUUAUCUGUGUAAAGUUUUCUUAAUUUGUUUUUAUUUCUUAAAUGAAUGUGACUCAAUCUGACAUGAAUCAGGGUUUAAAAAUGCAGAUCAGUAUAUGUAAAUGACUUUUAAAACCUCAAUUUCCAAUGAAGUUUGCAAUGUGGACUGGCAGUUUGUCAACACGCUCCGUGGAGGGAUAACAGUCUGUGUUAGUGCUGAAAAUGACGACAGGUUAUCUAUAAGGCUUCUCUUACGACCACCUUUCUGUUAAUAUUUAUAUUCCCUGUUGCUCAUCUCAUCCUACAGUCUUGAAAAUAAACACCUCACCUCCGGCCUUUUUAGAGCACCUUCGACUGAUGAAGCAUUAACACACGACUUUUCUGCUUUCUCCGUUCUUCUCCCUGAAGGGCUAAUUGUUAAUUAUUUGUGAUUGUACAGAAUUCAACUGAAGACGCCUUAAAUAUUUUUGUUGUAAUUACUGUUAAACUUGUGAAAAUUUAAAACAGCUUUGUACGUUUUGUUUUUCCACUUAAGUAUCAUACCAGAUGCAACAAUAGUAAUAAUACAAUGCUACUGGAAGGUUGUUGGUUUUUUUUUUUACUGUUCACUCAUUUCUUCACUUAUACAAACAUGCGUAUUAUGUAUAGUUGAGUAAUUAAUUUUGUUCUUGAAGAUUUGUUGGAGUAUCAGUAAUUUUGUAAUGAUUGAUUAUUACAGAGUAGUUGUAAUGUAAUCUGACUGACUCAUCAUUCAGGUUCAUUGGGAUCAAAAGGGAUAUUACUGUAGUGCCGCUAAACAAUUUGAAGGUAAAAAAAAAAGAAGUGUAUUCUUUAAUUUUAUUUGGAUAAAUAAAUGAUCUUCCUCUCAGAUUCUGCAUCUGCAGGAUUUUAGACAUUAUAAAGGGGCAUGUCCUUUAAAAGAUAAUUUUGCAUAACUUUCGAUGGACUUUGGAACUAUGCAUUGAAAUGUACAACCUUUAUUUCAACACCAUGUUGCACUGUUCAAUAAUAGUGUAAAACACCUUUCUACUAAACAGAUGGGUGGAUACGAUUGUAAUAAAGAAAAUAUUUUUCAUGUGA